AUGAAUAUAUUAUACAAUUUAUAUUAUAACUGCAAUAAAUUUAAGGUAGAAAACACAAAAAAAUUAUUAAGUGCAGAAAUGGAACUUUCGGGUAAUGCUAAAAUUUGUUUUAAUAAAUUCAAGGAAGGUGUAAAUAUGUGCAAAAAUGAAUACGAUAAAGAAUUUUGUAAUGAACUGAAUGAAUUCUUACUUUUUUAUAGUAUUGCUAUGUAUAGGAAAAGAUUAUAUAAAAAAAUAGAAUUAAAAUCAUUACCAGAAUUGCAAUCGUUCAAUGAUUUAUAUAAAGAAAAUCCUCAAAUAUCAACAAAUACUCCAUGUAAAAAUAUAAAUAAUAAUGUUUUAAUUAAUACACCUCGUCGUAAAAAUGAAUAUGACAUUAUAUUAAAACGAUCUACUGAAGAUGAUAUGUAUAAAAAAUUAAGUGAAAGUGCUGUUGAUGUAACGAUAUGUGCUGAACAUUGUAAAAACCUUAUUUCUAUAGAAAACAAUAAUGAAAAAAUAAAAGCACUUUGUGGCAAACUUGCAACGAAUUUAAGAAAAUUAAAUACUGUAACUAUUGUAAGAGAUAAUCAUAAGGAUAAAUGUUCAAAUUUAAAAUACUGGACAUAUGAUCAAAUAUUUGACAUAUUUAGUACUAAAAAAAACUAUACCAAUAACUCAUCAAUAAUUAAUGAAAUUAAUCAAGUAAUUUUUCGUGUAAAUGAAGAAUUAGAUGUAGAUGAAAAAUGUGUUUUUUAUGUUGAUGUUAGUGAUAAAGAUUGGGAUAAAGAAAGAGAUUUACACUAUUAUUUUUUAAAUUUUGAUAGAUUAAGUACAGUUAAGGAUAACGAUGCUGAACAUAAAAAGUACUGUGAAUAUCUUAAGUAUAUUUGUGAUAUAUAUAUGGAAAAUGUUAAAAAAUGCUGCGCGCGUUAUGUUAGACCCAGUGAGCACAUGCAGAAUAAAUGUCUAUACUAUUUUAAUUGUGAUAAAAAAUAUUAUCCCCUUGAACUCAUGACUAAAUUGAAGUGCGAAAAUAUUGAAUAUAAAGAAAGCGUAAAAGAUAUUUUUGAUUCUAUAACCAUCGAUCUCAACGUUGUAAGGUAUAGUAUUCUAAUGAAUUCAUUUAAGCAAAUUAUAAACAUAACGGAUGACCCUUUUUAUUUGUUUGUCUUAUCUGUUUUUGGAAUACUUGGAUUCUUUUUAUAUUUUUAUCUUUUAUAA